CAUUAUUUAUAACGACCCGGGACUACACCGAGAUGAACGAUCUGCAGAAACGCUUCGGGCCUCGUGGCCUGAUGGUGCUCGGUUUCCCGUGCAAUCAGUUCGGACAUCAGGAGAAUGCCAAAAACGAAGAGAUUCUGGAUUCCCUCAAGUAUAUCCGACCCGGUGGGGGGUUCGAACCCAACUUUACAUUGUUCGAGAAGUGUGAGGUGAAUGGUGAGAAGGCCCACCCGCUCUUUACUUUCCUGCGGGAGUCCUUGCCGGCACCCAGUGACGAGCCCACUGCGCUCAUGACCGACCCCAAGUCCAUCAUUUGGUCUCCGGUGUGCCGCAACGACAUUGCCUGGAACUUCGAGAAGUUCCUGGUGGGCCGCGACGGUGUUCCAGUGCGCAGAUACAGCCGCCGCUUUUGCACCAUCGACAUCUAACCUGACAUAGAAGCCCUGCUGGCCCAGCAGCCCAGCAGCUCCUAAGGUGUUCCUGGCAUCCGGGUUUGGUGAUCACUGGCUGCACUCUGGGGGGAGUUCUUCCAUGAUGGUGUUAUCUCUAAAUAUGCAUGGAGAAACACCUGAUUUCCCGGGAAAUCCCCUCGGAUGGGCGCUGGUCUUGUCCGUCCCCGCUGCCUUGCUGCCUAAACAAAGGUGAUUUUCACCACUAAUAAAGAGCUGAAUGUCAAGAA